UGGAUGUCUUAGUGUGUUAAAUUUCUUAAUUUUCAUUUGCAGUUAAUAGAUGGAUCGCGAAACUUAUUGCAAGUGCAACAGAGAAAAUGAUGAAGCAAAAGGAUGAGAGGGUCAGAAGGGCAGGAGAACUUUUGACAAAUAUUCGAACUUUGAAGAUGUAUGGCUGGGAGCUUCUAUUCACUAAUUGGUUGCUGGAAACAAGAUCCAUGGAAGUGAAGUACUUAUCUACACGAAAGUACUUGGAUGCGUGGUGUGUGUUUUUUUGGGCAACUACUCCAACACUUUUCUCCCUGUUCACAUUUGGAGUCUUCACAUUGAUGGGGAAUACACUAGAUGCUGCAACGGUGUUCACAUGUCUUGCUCUGUUCAAUACCUUGAUCUCUCCACUAAAUUCAUUCCCAUGGGUCAUUAAUGGGUUGAUUGAUGCCCUUAUAUCUACCAGGCGGCUAGGCAGCUUCCUUUCCUGCUCUGAACAUAGUUCAAAAUUAGUACAGAUAGCUGGUUCUUCAUCACCAUUACUCAACAUAGACCAGCAUGAUUUAAUCUUUCAACAUAAUGCUGUUGUCAUCCGGGAUGCAUGUUGUUGUUGGUCAAAAUGUGAUGAGGGACAGAGCUCAGUGUUGAAUGAAAUAACUCUUAACCUUUCUAAGGGCUUCCUUGUUGCAGUGAUUGGAGAGGUUGGUUCAGGUAAAUCGUCCCUGUUGAAUUCAAUUUUGGGAGAAAUGCAACUAACCCAUGGAUCCAUACGUUCAUUUGGAUCGAUAGCAUAUGUUCCACAGGUUCCAUGGAUUCUGUCCAGCACUAUACGCGAUAAUAUCUUGCUUGGAAAGGACUACCAUGAAGAAAGAUAUAAAGAGGUAUUACACGCAUGUGCACUGGAUGUAGAUACUUCACUAAUGCUUGGUGGUGACCUAGCUUAUGUUGGAGAGAAAGGAGUUAAUAUAUCAGGUGGGCAGAGGGCACGUCUUGCACUGGCUAGGGCUGUCUAUCAUGGAUCCGACAUAUUCUUGCUUGAUGAUGUUCUCAGCGCAGUUGAUGCUCAAGUGGCUCAUUGGAUAUUAUACAAUUGUAUCUUGGGUCCUCUAAUGGACAAAAGUACACGAGUUCUUUGUACUCACAAUGUUCAGGCAAUAUCUUCUGCUGACAUGAUCGUGAUCAUGGAGAAAGGACAUUUGAAGUGGGUGGGAAGCUUAUCGGAGUUUUCAGUUUCUCCAUAUUCAACAAUCUCUUCACAAAAAGAAUUAAAGAUCUCAUCUCCACUUGCAAGGCAAGAAAGUGGCAGAAUUACUUUGGCUGAAGCUGAAGAAAAUAUCAAAGAGGAAAAUGGUGUGGACUUUUCUGGGAAAGCACAAGAGCCAAUUGAAAUUGAGAUGAGAAAAGAGGGAAAGGUUGAGCUCAGUGUAUACAAAAACUAUGCCGCAUUUUCUGGCUGGGGAAUUGCCAUAGCCAUAUGCAUAUCAGCAGUCCUAAUGCAAGCAUCCCGAAAUGGAAAUGAUCUGUGGCUUUCUCACUGGGUUGAUAGUAUAAAAGGAAAGCAUAAUACAAAGCACUCGACAUGCUAUUAUCUGGUUAUACUAUGUGUCUUCUGCAUUGCAAAUUCCCUUUUGACUUUGGUACGGGCAUUCUUAUUUGCUUUCGGUGGUUUGCGUGCUGCAGUUCAGGUUCAUAACAAGCUUCUUAAUAAGCUUGUCAAUGCACCUGUACAUUUCUUUAAUCAAACACCCACUGGAAGAAUACUGAACAGGUUGUCCUCAGAUCUUUACACCAUUGACGAUUCACUUCCAUUCAUUCUCAACAUUCUUUUAGCUAAUUUCAUUGGCCUUAUGGGGAUUGCAAUAGUUUUGACAUAUGUACAGGUCUUUUUCUUGCUCCUACUGUUGCCGUUAUUGUAUAUCUAUAGUAAGCUACAGUUCUACUAUAGGUCUACAUCACGUGAACUACGAAGACUGGACAGUGUUUCUCGAUCUCCUAUCUAUGCAUCUUUCACAGAGACACUGGAUGGAUCAUCGACAAUAAGAGCUUUCAAAGCUGAGGAAUUUUUCUUGGCUAAAUUUACCAAGAAUGUAUCGGUAUAUCAGCAAACCUCCUACUCAGAGAUAACAGCAAGUUUGUGGCUCUCCCUGCGCCUUCAAUUGCUAGCAGCAUUUGUUAUCUCCUUUAUUGCUGUGAUGGCUAUCAUUGGAUCUCAUGGCAGUUUCCUAAUUAGUCUUGGUACACCUGGACUAGUUGGCUUGGCUCUCUCAUAUGCAGCUCCAAUGGUCUCUUUGCUCAGCAGCUUUUUAGCAAGUUUCACUGAAACCGAGAAGGAAAUGGUUUCUGUUGAAAGGGUUCUUCAGUAUAUGGAUGUUCCUCAAGAAGAACUUCAAGGACGCCAAUUUAUAGAAGCAGAUUGGCCCUUCCAAGGACAGAUUCAAUUUCAGCAUGUUACAUUGAGAUAUAUGCCAUCUUCGCCAGCUGCUUUGCAUGAUGUCACUUUUGAUAUUGCAGGAGGCACACAGGUUGGAAUUGUUGGAAGAACAGGUGCUGGGAAAUCUAGUGUGAUAAAUGCUCUUUUUCGACUUAGCCCAAUAUGUGGGGGCUUUAUUUUGGUGGAUGGCAUAAAUGUGGCAGAUGUUGCCAUUAGAGACUUGCGUACACAUUUUGCAGUGGUUCCACAGAGCCCAUUCUUAUUUGAAGGAACAUUAAGGGACAACCUAGAUCCAUCCAGGAUGACAAGUGAUGCUAAAAUUUGGCAUGCACUAGAAAAAUGUCAUGUUAAGGAGGAAGUAGAAGCAGCUGGAGGUCUGGAUAGUCAUGUAAAAGAGGCUGGAUCUUCAUUCUCUGUUGGGCAACGGCAACUCCUAUGCCUUGCACGCGCAUUUUUGAAGUCUUCCAAGCCAGCUAAUCUCACUGAUAAGAGUACUACAGAUGAUGUCAAUCUUUGUGAGAAGUGGACCCGAUCAAACCAAUUGUGUCUUUUGUUUAUCAAGAAAACAAUUGAAAAUGUUAUAAAAGGAUCGAUUUCUGAGUCUAUUGAUGCAAAGACAUACCUAACAUAUAUUGAAAAGCGGUUCUCUACCGCAGACAAGUCUCUUGAAAGCACUCUCAUGGCCAAAGUGAUAAACAUGAAAUAUAAUGGUAGCAGUGGCAUAGUUGAUCACAUCUGUGAAAUGGCAAAUUUAUCUGCACAACUGGCCAAGAUGGACCAGAUACUAAAUGAACCUUUCAUAGUUGGGUUGAUCCUUUAG